UUAGUUGAAAAAAAGAAACUCUCUUCUACCUUUUCUACUUCUAAAGUAUUUUCGUUAUCAUGGUAUUCACUAAGCUAAUUACUUGCUCGGGCCCAGUUAACAUUGCCGUUAUAAAAUACUGGGGAAAGAGAAAUGAAGAGUUAAUACUACCUUCAAAUUCGUCUCUAAGUGCCACUCUUAACCAAAAGGAGUUAAAAACUGUAACCUCCGUCAUGGCCAGCGAAUCUUUUUCGGAAGAUCGAAUUUGGCUAAAUAAAAGAGAAGAGGUCAUUACAAACCCGCGUUUGCAAAUUGUAUUAAAAGCAAUCCGUGAGAGGUACAAGCAAAGAAAAGGUUGCCACGAUCCCCUUUUAAAUUGCAAACUUCAUAUUUGUUCACAAAAUAAUUUCCCCACCGCCGCCGGUUUAGCAUCAUCCGCUUCUGGUUACGCCACUCUCGUCUUUGCGAUGGGGAAGCUCUUUGAUAUUCCCGUUGGCGAACUAUCUCAGAUCGCUCGUCUGGGCUCCGGGAGUGCGUGCAGAAGUAUGUUUGGCGGAUGGGUUAAAUGGGAAAUGGGAGAAGCCGAGGACGGAAGGGAUUGCAAAGCAGUUCAAACCCACGACGAAUGCCAUUGGCCUGACAUACGGCUGCUGGUACUAGUGGUCAGCGAUACACCUAAGGAAACGAGCAGCACCAGCGGAAUGGCCUCCACUGUGAAGACGAGCGAACUCUUCCAGCACCGUGUGAACCACGUGGUCACCAAAAGACUUGGUCUAAUUGAGGAGGCGAUCACCCAACAAAACUUCCCGGUUUUCGCUCAGAUAACCAUGCAGGAGAGUAACCAGUUCCACGCGGUCUGCUUGGACACGUACCCUCCCAUUUUCUAUAUGAACGACGUAUCCAAGUCCAUAGUAGACUUGGUGACGCAGUACAAUGCGUUCAGCAGAGAAAUAAAGGCUGCUUACACUUUCGACGCUGGACCCAAUGCGGUUAUUUACACUUUAAAGGAGUCUGUUGCCGAAAUCACCUCCUUGCUCUUACACUUUUUCCCUCCCUCCACGCAAGAGGGCUUUCUUAAAGGGUUUUCUUUUCAAAUUGACUCAGAUCAAGGUAAACUCGAAGCACUUAAAGCGAAAGUCAACGUGCCCAGAAAGGUAGACGCCCUGCGCUACAUUCUUCUCACAAGCGUUGGAGAUGGUCCACGUGUGCUGAGUGAGCAAGAGCAUUUGCUGUCGCCCGUGUCUGGUCUCCCAAAGUAGGCAGUAAAGCAACUGUGUAUGAUCCCCGCGAGUAUUGUAAAAACUUUAUUUGUACAAUUACUGACGCCUAA